UUCCUUGAUGUAGGAGUGGGACAUCGUUGUCCUUGUUCACGUUCGUAGUACUGUGGGCAGAAUAAGUUAAGUGCUCCUAUUGAAUAGGUUAAAACACUCUGACAUUGUCAAACUGAGGAAGCAACGGAAACAACGAACUCUGAAUUCCCAUUCAAUACGAACCGCAGUGAUCAUUUGGCUACCUCAAGUGGUUACAUCAUCGCUGGCCCUCUGUCGUCCAAAGUUGCAUUUUGAAUAUCUAAAGUUGGUGUGUAACCACUACGUCGGUUUCGUAAUGGAAACUAUCCAAUCAAUUGACAAGGAAAACUAUCUUCAUCUUGCCGCGGUUGUUUGCUAUGAUGAUCAUAUAUAAAGCCAAGUAUGUGUCUCAUUUUAUAAACAGUCUUCUUCUAGUAUCAAUUCAGUUAGUUGCACCUUAUUCUCAACAUCAAUAUGUCGAUUCAACUGGUGAUCUUUGCUACGUUGGCCAUCGGAGUUUUCUCUUCUCCUGAUCCCAACUAUAAACCUGGUCCUCCACAGUACGGCGCUCCACCCAGAUACGAAUACGUCGAGAUUCCACAUUGCGCUAAAAACACAACCAAAUCCUGGUGUCUCGAAGACUCUGAAUAUCCUCGACACGAAGUUCAACAAGCUCUAGAUGAACACUACCAGGCCGUUCUCGCUUUUUGCAAGGACAAAUUGGCCAGCACGGAAAACUCUGUCGACGGACUGGACAAGUUGAACGACGAGAUUUACCUUUGCCCGAGUUCCACUGGCUACAUCCGUCCUCUUCGUGCCAUCAACAUCGAUGGCAAAUGGCGCACAAUCAUCAACAACGUCGAGUCUUAUGGCAUCAAAUACACCCAAACUGCUCGAAUUGAAGAGUGCGAUGUCGUUGUUGGUACCACCUGCCCGUUAGUUGAUUCGUGCUACAAUUCGAAAUGCAUCCAGAAGAACAUCUUCCAUCGCUUUUUGGUUUUCAACCCCUAUGAUGAAAAUUUCCCAUUCGCAAUUGAGAAAUUCAAACUUCCUGGCUCGUGCGGAUGUGUCGUCGGAGCUUUCCAUCUUUGAACAACCACAGAAAGUCUCCUGACGUAAUAUAAGGAAAUUUGGGUGAUGUACUGACUGAAGUAUUCAUCUAAUUAAUAUGUACUAUUUUUGUUACCUGUAUUUGAAUUUUUCAUGACAAAGUAUUACACUUGGGUUCUGAUUUAAAAAAAGCUGUGGUAAGUGAAGUCUGAACUCUGAAGCCUGAAGUGUAUUUAUGUUACUCCAUCAGGAACAUGACAUUUGAAAUAAAAAUUGGCAAUGUCGCGUUUUUCUUGAA